AGGAUACGAUUAGACCGUGAAUGUGUACAGUUGCACCGAACACAGCUAGAACUGUUGCGACCAAUGUUGUGAUAAAAACUGGUGUGCCUAUGCCAUAUGGCUUUGAACUCAAACUAAGAUCAUCUUGGUUCGUGAAACAUGGAGUCCUACUCGCUUAAAUGGAAUAACCACAAUUCCACGGUCAUCAAUGCUCUCACCGGGCUUCUCGGAAGCGGGAGUCUGACGGAUGUUACGUUAGCUGCCGACGGGCAAGUCAUCGCUGCUCACUCCAUCAUUCUAUCAGCCUGCAGUCCCUUCUUCGAGAUGCAACUGAAGGCUGCGGGGCAUUCAGGAAAGCAUCCCGUGAUAGUACUCCACGACGUGAAAUUCCGCGAGCUGAGAGCUAUAGUGGAGUUCAUGUACUCUGGGGAAGUGAGCGUAGCGGAGGACGAUCUGCCUCGAUUGCUCGCUAUCGGCGACAACCUUCAGAUCAAAGGAUUGGCAGAGAAAGUGUGCGAUGAGACGUCCUUGAACCACGGACCCGUCAACGGAUUCGCACGGAGUUGUUCCCCACAAUUGCAAAGCGACGAACACGAGCGGAAACGACAGAAUGUUGAGCGGGAAACUGAUUCGUUGGUGAAACGGGCAAGACAUCGGCUCAACAGCUCCGAAACCGGCCAAAACCUCAUCCUCGAGAAGAAGGUGAAGCAGGAAGCCGCGGCUGAUUAUUCCGGCAAAAACGCCGACGAAGGCUCAGACACGGGCCAGUCGAUGUCUCUGCGAAACGAUUUCACCAAAAACACUCUAGGGGACGACAGUUACGACGAGGAUUCCGUGGACGGAAGCCGCGGGCUGAACAACUCGACGCCGCAGAAUUUCAGUCCA